GCCCCGCCCAUCGGCGUGGAGAGCGGCGGAGGCGGGAAGGGCGUGCGGACGGCGGCUCGGCAUGGCGCGCGUGGGGCUCGGCCUGGUGAGCUGCACCCUGUUCCUGGCCGUGAACGGUCUCUACUCCUCUGGAGACGCCGUCAUUGAGCUAACGCCGGCCAACUUCAACCGAGAGGUCAUCCAGAGCGACAGUCUGUGGCUCGUGGAGUUCUAUGCGCCCUGGUGUGGGCACUGCCAGAGGCUAGCGCCCGAGUGGAAGAAAGCGGCAAGCGCGCUGAAGGAUGUCGUGAAGGUCGGUGCCGUUGAUGCAGAUAAACACCAGUCCCUGGCCGGCCAGUACGGGGUCCAGGGCUUCCCUACCAUCAAGGUCUUCAGAGCUGACAAAAACAAACCAGAAGAUUAUCAGGGUGGCAGGACCGCGGAGGCCAUCGUAGACGCCGCGCUCAGCGCCUUGAGGCAGCUGGUGAAGGACCGGCUGGGGGGCCGUGCUGGGGCCCAGGGCUCGGGAAGGCAGGGCAGGAGCGAGGGCUCGGGAAAGAAGGACGUGAUCGAGCUGACGGAUGACACCUUUGACAAGAACGUGCUGGACAGCCCAGACGUGUGGAUGGUGGAGUUCUACGCUCCGUGGUGUGGACACUGCAAAAACCUAGAGCCGGAGUGGGCUGCGGCAGCCACCGAGGUAAAGGAGCAGACGAAGGGCAGAGUGAAGCUGGCAGCCGUGGACGCCACCGCAAACCAGGUCCUGGCCGGCCGCUAUGGGAUCAGGGGAUUUCCCACGAUCAAGAUCUUUCAGGGAGGCGAGACCCCCAUGGACUAUGAUGGUGGGCGGACGCGGUCCGACAUCGUCUCCCGGGCCCUGGACUUGUUCUCCGACAACGCCCCGCCCCCGGAGCUGCUGGAGAUAAUCCACGAGGAUGUGGCCAAGAAGACGUGCGAGGAGCAUCAGCUGUGCGUGGUGGCCGUGCUGCCCCACAUCCUGGACACUGGAGCGGCAGGCAGGAACUCCUACCUGGAAGUUCUUCUGAAGUUGGCAGACAAAUACAAGAAGAAGAUGUGGGGGUGGCUGUGGACAGAGGCAGCCGCCCAGCCCGAGCUGGAGAAUGCGCUGGGCAUCGGAGGGUUCGGCUACCCGGCCAUGGCCGCCAUCAAUGCGCGUAAGAUGAAGUUUGCACUGCUCAAGGGCUCCUUCAGCGAGCAAGGCAUCAACGAGUUCCUCAGGGAGCUGUCUUUCGGGCGCGGCUCCACAGCACCUGUGGGCGGUGGCGCCUUUCCCAGCAUUGCUACGAGGGAGCCCUGGGACGGGAAGGACGGCGAGCUGCCCGUGGAGGACGACAUCGACCUGAGCGACGUGGAGCUGGACGACCUGGAGAAGGACGAGUUGUGAGGGCCGCGGCCCCGCCCUGGGAGCGAGCAGCAUCCAGCGGUGCGGGAGGCUGCAUCCCGGGCCUCACCCGGCCGGCGGCUCCUGGAAGGCACUGCCCCCGCACCUCGCGUCUCCAAACACGGAAAAACUAUGCAUUGUAGCAGCGGGUCGGCUGUGCUCUGCCACCUAAUAGUUUGAAGAAAACCGGGCUGUCGACACGGUUUUCCCUCCCUCUUGACUGAAGGCUGCUUGAGUGUUCCCGGAGGCUGUUUCUUACAUGUAGGUUUUUUAAAAUGUGAUUCUUCAUUUGAAUAUUAAUGGCUUUUUCCAUUAAAGAAUAAAACAUUAUUUUGGACAAUGCCGAUAAACG